AGUGGAAGUGACUCGGUUAAACUCGAGCUAAAGAUUCGUUGAAAAUUAAAAGAACAGAAUGGCGAUGAACAUCCGGGAACCCGCCGAGCGUUAAGACCCGGCAGCGAACGCGCGCCGGUUGGAACCGAUUUACAAAGUUCCUGCUUCUGAUAGCCUCCAACAAAAGGAAGGGAGAAACUGGAGACAGAGGAGAACACACCGAAAGUACUGGAAAACACUAAUUCUCUCAGCGAAUAAGAACGAGGGAAACCGUUUAAUUUCUCGUGCUGAAGGGAAACUCACCUGGCCCAGGUAGAGCAGGAUAAAUCUACAAAACUAGCUACAAGGGGGUCGAGUAGACACUCGUUGGGCGAAGGUUUGGAAUCUUUAGCUCUUCUGAGACCAUCGAAUAGGGAAGAGUGUAUGCAUGUGUGUGAGUGUGGGAUGUGUUCCAGUGGACAGCCUCUGUGUUCUGGAAGCCGCCGUUCUCGUCCAUCCAGUGCUGGAGGAAGCAGCUCAGGUUCACAGUAUGCCUUCUGUGCUCUGGGGGUGGGUCUGGUGGCCCUGGGGGUUGUCAUGAUCCUCUGGAGUUUGGUUCCCAUGGAAAUGCCUCAAAACGGGUCAGUCACAAACUCAAGUGACGUGACCAGCAAUGAAACAAAGCUGAAAACCUCGUCUGUGGCAUUUGUGCUAGUCGGGGGAGGACUAGCCAUGCUGCUGCUGGCCGUCUGUCUGAGUGUAAGGAACAAGCAGAGAAGGAGAGAGGGCAGGGAAGGGGCAGCCACCGUCACACAGUACACUGACCAAGUGCGGGGAGAUUCAGGGGAGAACGAACAGCCAGCCCCUAACUAUGAUGUCCCCAGCUAUGAAGAGGCCGUGACCAGUGGUCAGUAUCCCAUCCGUCAGAGUAACCUCCGCCAGAGCACCACCCAGCUCCCAUCAUACGAGGACAUAAUCACCGCUGUGGAGAACGAGGGGGAGUCUCAGAACACUGGGACCGGCCAAAACCCUCCUGCCCCCAGGCCCCAGCCAAGUCGCACCGGCAGCAAGGCCAGCCGCAUUCUCAGGCCUCUUCGUGUCCGCAGGAUCAUGUCUGAGAAACUCCAUGUCAAAGACAUCCGGCUAAACAUCCAGAACCCACCACAGGGCGGGGCUACCAUAGAACCACUCACGCCCCCACCACAGUACGAAGAUAAACCCCCUGAAUUUCCAACAGAUGGAGUGUGAUCCUGCAUGAGACAUGCUGUACAAGAUGACUGUAUGGGAUAAUUGUUCUCUUUUCUCUUUCCUUUGUUGGACUUACAAUAUGUGAGCCUUAAGGGAAUCUAUACAGGAAAGCUUCAGCUAAAUGUCAUAAUCAUGAUGUGUUGCUGGUGGUUUUCAAGGGGGAAAAUAUCUAAUUUAUCCAGUUUUCCUGUUAGUCCCUGAUAGUUGAUCACGCGAGUCCUCCAAAUUUAGAUCUCCAAAUUUUGCUUCUUUAGUUCUGGUCUGGAGACACAAGGCCAAUGUAGCUAACAAGUAAUGGAUGCCCAUAUGCCAUCAGUUAGCACUGUGCAAACUGCAUGCCUCAAACCACACUAAACUUAAGAAGGCUGUCUUCAACAGACUUCAUAUGGUUCUGACACUGUGACAUACUGUCAGCUACAAAAAUGGACAAAAGUAAAUCAUGUACCUAAGUUCAUGUCCAUUUUUGAGACUUAACAACUUGGUGGGGUAAGCUUCCUUUAUUUAUUAGCUUCCAUCACUUACAUUGAUUGGGAAGGAACUGUAAAUUAGAUUUUGGUUAUGGUAAUGGUCCUAUGCUGGGUCUGGUAUGGAAAUUAUGUUUAUAACUCUGCUAUAGUAAAUGCAGUGCUAUAGUAACUGCAAUUUGGCAGUGGUGGUGUAUCUUUUCAGUAAAAUUAUUUCACAUUUUGUGAUUUAAAUUCAUAAAUCCAUGACAAGCUCUCAUGCUGAUAGUAACUCUAGGACUUUUUGCUACUAAGGGAUAUCUCAAAAAUACCUCAUGAUUAUUAAGGCUGUACUGAAACUGAACUCAUAACUGUGUUUUAAUUCAUUCCGCCCAGCUUUAAAAAAAAAAAAAAGAAGCUAAACCAAAAACACUAACUUGCCUAACAAGGGAUCAAAGCUAUUAAUUCGCCAUUAGUAUGCUAAUUCGAGGCUAAUCGAAUUUCAGUAAUUUUUUACAUUAGUAUUACUGACAGCCAUUUCUUAAAAAAAAAAAAAGCUUGUAAACCAAUCUGUGCUGUCCAAAAUUCCAAAGAAACACACUAUCAUUUCAUGUCUUCAAAUGCUACACCAAAAAAAGCUAAAAUCCACCACAAACGUGUGCUCAUGUAUUAACAGCGCUGGUCAUUUCACUUAAAAAGAAAUGCUUCAGUAGGAUUUUAAAUAGGAAAAUUUAAUUUUUUGAGGAAACCUUAAGAUAUGUAGUUGUUAGUUUAAUGUUUUGUGGGUUGUGUCAUAUUUUGUAGCCACUUGCCACUGUUUUGUGUGAAUUUUGUAUUUAGAAGAAAACUUUUUUGAUAGCAAUGUUUGAUCAUUCCGCAUCUGACGGAUCCAACAAAAUGGGGAGCUUCUCUUAAAAUAAAAAAUUAAUUAUAUUUAUUUUCAUCUUUCUUUCAAAACAAAUGUCUUGGGAUUGUAAUAAGUAUUUGUAUGUUUUUGGCUGUUUGUCCAUUUUCUUUAUCUGCAUCUUCAUACAAUACAAGGACUUUUUUAGGCUUUCCUGUGGCCUGUAUGCACCUGAUGUUUUGAAAUGCUGCUGCUGCUUAAUGGUAUCAAGAGUGCUGAAUUGGCUACAGUGUUGAAAGAAGAGUCACUCUUGGUAAAGUUAAAUGAAUAAAUUAAAAUUAAAUAAAUAAAUGUUUUGAUAAAAUUA